AUGCCGCUUGCCCGCGGCUGCCACACAAUCCUCAAGACCCAGGCCAGGAGCCUCAGCAUCAUGACCAAGGCUGUGGCGCCCCAGGCGAAAGCCCCCAAGUGGUACUCGGGUGACGAUGUGAAGCCCAAGGCUGCUCCUCAGAAGCACAACCCGACCAAGCUUCGGAGCACCAUAACUCCUGGCACGAUCCUGAUCCUCUUGUCGGGGCGCUUCCGCGGCAAGCGUGUGGUGUUCCUCAAGCAGCUCCCUUCGGGAACUCUGCUGGUCACAGGCCCGUACUCCGUGAACGGUGUGCCGAUGAGGCGCGUCAACCAGGCGUACGUGAUUGCUACAUCCAUGUCGGUGGACGUGUCGAAGGUCACUAUCCCCGCCGCGGACGACUCGUACUUCACGCGUGAGGAAGUGGCGACCAAGACUGACGAGGACCAGUUCUUCGAGCAGGGAGCCAAGAGCUCCACGGUUUCCGACAAGCGGAAGGCUGACCAGAAGACCGUCGACGCUGGUGUAUUGGCGGCCAUGACGAACCCGAUGCUGAAGGCAUACCUCAACGCGAAGUUCUCUCUCAAGAAGGGGGACCGCCCGCACGAAAUGAUCUUUUAGGGGUGUUUUUGGCAUUUGCUGGGGCUCCAUUAAUAUGAAAGCUUGACUUGACUUUUCUUCUGGUUCUGACCUGGCCAUUCACCAUGUCCAUGUCGUCCCCUUGCGUGAAGAUACGGCGAUUUUGACGGCUGACAAAGCCGCGGGAUGUGUGCUGUCCUUUGCUCUGAGCCUCACCAAUUCUCGACCAAUAUGGACCGUCCGAGAUGACAGGGAACAUGUCUGUUCGGUCAGCAGGGCGAGAUGGAUGCCACACAGAGCUGCCUGUUGCUUGAGGCUGCCACCGCCUCUGUUGCACCUGAAGAGCUUGUCGUGCGUACUAACCAACUCGUAGGAGGUAGACGCCAAACGAAAGCAGCAGGUACAUCACAGGUCACUGCACGUAGGCCCUACCCUCUCUUUCACUGCAUCCCUAACCCACAUGCACACCCCAAGCUUGGUGUACAUUAGAUAGCCCAAGCGCUGGCGUAUUACCCCUCGGCCCGUGCAGCCUUACGUUUUCUAGAUCACGUACGCUUGUUCCCAAGUCACUUCGGUUAGCAGGACGAGAAGAAUGCCACGACAUUGGCCAUUUGAGCUUUCCAUCGG